AUGACCACCUCAGACUUGAGCAUCGUGGGACUUCGUACUCAAAUCCUCGAGAACUGGCGUUAUGCGCACCCGGAGCAUACCAGUGUAGUCGUCGUCACUACCAACGAGUCUGUCUUUGGCACCAUCGGCAGCCGUUGGGUCCAAGCUAUUGUUGCAGAAGACCGUAGCCGAGGCGACAGAAUCUUUCUCAAGUCGCACGUCACCGAAUCCCAGGAGCAAGCUCUGCGUGACCUGCUUGAAAAGAUUACGGAUCUGGUCAGAACAGUAAUCAGAAUCACCCCCGUCACUCCUCUGAGUGUCAAGCCUCUCAAUCAGAACGAGUUCAAGACCAAGGACCAUGGAGAUGCGUCUGGAAAGGAAGUCAAGAAGCCACAACAAUCGCCCAAGGACGAAAAACUCAAGGUUUCGCACAACCUCUACCAUGCUAUCUGCGAUGUCAUCAAUCUACGCUACCAGAAACUGGCUCGUUGA